UGGUGGGGAAACCAGCAGUGAGGAGCGCUCACCGGCGGCCGGUCGGGGGAAGCCCCGUGCCCCGCUCCUCCGCACGCCCGGCCCGACCCGGGCGCAGCGAGCAUGGGCGCAGCGGCCGUGCGCUGGCACUUGUGUGUGCUGCUCGCCCUGGGCGCGCGCGGGCGGCUGGCGGGGGGCAGCGGGCUCCCAGGGGCAGUCGACGUGGAUGAGUGCUCCGAGGGCACAGAUGACUGCCACAUCGAUGCCAUCUGCCAGAACACGCCCAAAUCCUACAAAUGCCUCUGCAAGCCAGGCUACAAGGGGGAAGGCAGGCAGUGUGAAGACAUCGACGAGUGUGAGAAUGACUACUACAACGGGGGCUGUGUGCACGAGUGCAUCAAUAUCCCGGGGAACUACAGGUGUACCUGCUUUGACGGCUUCAUGCUGGCCCACGACGGCCACAACUGCCUGGAUGUGGAUGAGUGUCAGGACAACAAUGGUGGCUGUCAGCAGAUCUGCGUCAAUGCCAUGGGCAGCUACGAGUGUCAGUGCCACAGUGGCUUUUUCCUCAGCGACAACCAGCACACCUGUAUCCACCGCUCCAACGAGGGUAUGAACUGCAUGAACAAAGACCAUGGCUGUGCCCACAUCUGCCGGGAGACGCCCAAAGGUGGGGUGGCCUGCGACUGCAGGCCCGGCUUUGACCUUGCCCAAAACCAGAAGGACUGCACACUAACCUGUAACUAUGGAAACGGAGGCUGCCAGCACAGCUGUGAGGACACGGACACGGGCCCCAUGUGCGGCUGCCACCAGAAGUACGCCCUCCACUCAGACGGUCGGACAUGCAUCGAGAAGGAUGAGGCUGCAAUUGAGCGCUCUCAGUUCAAUGCCACGUCAGUAGCUGAUGUGGACAAGCGGGUGAAACGGCGGCUACUCAUGGAGACGUGCGCAGUAAAUAAUGGAGGCUGUGACCGGACGUGCAAAGACACAGCCACCGGAGUGCGAUGCAGCUGCCCGGUUGGAUUCACGCUGCAGCCCGACGGGAAGACGUGCAAAGACAUCAACGAGUGCCUGGUCAACAACGGAGGCUGCGACCACUUCUGCCGCAACACCGUGGGCAGCUUCGAGUGUGGCUGCCGCAAGGGCUACAAGCUGCUGACCGACGAGCGGACGUGCCAAGACAUCGACGAGUGCUCCUUCGAGCGGACCUGUGAUCACAUCUGCAUCAACUCCCCCGGCAGCUUCCAGUGCCUGUGUCACCGCGGCUACACACUCUAUGGGACAACCCACUGCGGAGAUGUGGACGAGUGCAGCGUGGACAGUGGGAGCUGCGACCAGGGCUGCGUCAACACCAAGGGCAGCUACGAAUGCGUCUGCCCGCCGGGGAGGCGGCUGCACUGGAACCGGAAGGACUGUGUGGAGACGGGCAAGUGCCUUUCUCGGGCCAAGGCCUCACCCCGGGCCCAGCUGUCCUGCAGUAAGGUGGGAGGCGUGGAGAGCUGCCUCCUGUCCUGCCCAGCUCACACACACUUCAUGCCAGACUCGGAAAACAGCUACAGCCUGAGCUGCGGUGCCCCAGGUCUCCAGGGCAGGACGCUACAGAAACGCAACAGCACCAGCUCCAGCACUGGGUCCAGCUGCUCAGGUGCCCCCACCACCCCCAUCAGGCAGAAGGCUCGCUUCAAGAUCCGUGAUGCCAAGUGCCACCUCCAGCCCCACAGCCGGGAGCCCACGAAGGAGGCCCCGAGGCAGCUGCUGCUGGAAAACUGCCACCUGACAUUUGUGACCCUCAAGUGUGACUCCUCCAAGAAGAGGCGCCGUGGCCGAAAGUCCCCAUCCAAGGAGGUGACCCACAUCACAGCGGAGUUCGAGGUUGAGACAAAGAUGGAAGAGGCCUCAGAUACCUGCGAAGCGGACUGCGUGCGGAAGAGAGCAGAGCAGAGCUUGCAGGCUGCCAUCAAGACCCUGCGCAAGUCCAUCAGCCACCAGCAGUUCUCCGUCCAGGUCGCAGGCACUGAGUACGAGGUGGCCCAGCGGCCGGCCAAGGCCCUGGAGGGCCAGGGGGCGUGCGGCACAGGCCAGGUGCUACAGGAUGGCAAAUGCGUGGCCUGUGAGCCCGGCACCUACUUCAGUGGAGAGUCCAGCCAAUGUGUGCCAUGCACGCCCGGGACCUACCAGGACGGGGACGGCCAGCUCAGCUGCACACCGUGCCCCAGCAGCGACGGGCUCGGCCUGGCUGGUGCCCGCAACGUAUCUGAAUGUGGAGGCCAGUGCUCUCCAGGCUACUUCUCCGCCGACGGCUUCAGACCCUGCCAGGCUUGCCCGGUGGGCACAUACCAGCCCGAGCCUGGACGCACCGGCUGCUUCCCCUGCGGAGGGGGGCUGCUCACCAAGCACGAGGGCACAGCCUCCUUCCAAGACUGUGAGGCCAAAGUGCACUGCUCCCCAGGGCACCACUACAACACCACCACCCACCGCUGCAUCCGCUGCCCCGUCGGCACGUACCAGCCCGAGUUUGGCCAGAACCAUUGCGUCACCUGUCCAGGCGACACCAGCACCGACUUUGAUGGGUCCACCAACGUCACGCAUUGCAAAAACCAGCACUGCGGUGGCGAGCUUGGCGACUACACGGGCUACAUCGAGUCCCCCAACUACCCGGGUGACUACCCUGCCAACGCGGAGUGUGUGUGGCACAUCUCGCCGCCCCCCAAGCGCAGGAUCCUCAUCGUGGUCCCCGAGAUCUUCCUGCCCAUUGAGGACGAGUGCGGUGAUGUCCUGGUCAUGCGGAAGAGUGCCUCGCCCACGUCUAUCACCACGUACGAGACCUGCCAGACCUACGAGAGGCCCAUCGCCUUCACCUCCCGCUCCCGGAAGCUCUGGGUCCAGUUCAAAUCCAAUGAAGGCAACAGCGACAAAGGCUUCCAAGUGCCCUAUGUCACCUACGAUGAGGACUACCAGCAGUUAAUAGAAGAUAUCGUUCGCGAUGGACGGCUCUACGCCUCGGAGAAUCACCAGGAAAUUUUGAAAGACAAGAAGCUCAUCAAGGCUCUCUUCGAUGUGUUGGCCCAUCCCCAAAACUACUUCAAGUACACAGCCCAGGAGUCCAAGGAGAUGUUCCCACGGUCCUUCAUCAAACUGCUGCGCUCCAAAGUGUCCCGGUUUCUGCGGCCUUACAAAUAGCGCUGGUGUAGCCGCCCUGCUCGGGGACGGCCGGUGUCCCGGGGGGAGGGGAAGGGGAGCAUUCCUGCCCUCCACUGCAGAAGCUAAGACGCGGCUCCACGGGCCUCCAUGUUGCCACGUUGCCUUGGAAAUCAUCAUGGCAGCUGUCCUUCCACAAACACUGACCAGUCCGUGGAGGGUGAGACCACACCCAGGCAGAGCCCCCAACCCAGCUGCACUCCUCGGGCUGCCGCCCCAGUGGGAAAACUUGCUUAAGGCAGCCUUGCUCCCCUCUCCCUCCGCCCACUCAUUUCCAGGACACCAAGAGUGCCCUGUCCCGGGGCCAGGACACAGCACCACCCCCCCGGGGAGGUCCUGACAGAGUACACAUUUGGAGAUUGCAUGUGCCCCCCGCAUGACACUUCAGGAGAGAGAAGAGAGUGGCUGCUGCUAUCUCCAGGGAGACAAGAAGCCAGGCCUUAGAAGGAAGGGCACGUGAAGGCAUGUCUGGAGGGCUUUGAUAAGCCGGUAUCGAUGCCUGCUGCGGCGUCCCCACCCGCAAACUCCUCUGGCCACAGGCCCAGGACACAGUUGCCCUGUGGUUGGGCCCUAAGGAUUCUGUGGGACAGAAAAGAGCUGCUAGGGGAGGAAGCUGUAGAUUUGUGCUUUCCCUUGAUAGAGCAUCUAAUUAAGUAUUAUAUAUAUAAAUAUAAAUAUAUAUAUAAAUAUACUUCUAUUUGUGGGUACUUUAGGCAAAUUCUCUUAAGUGACUGUAAAUGUUGCAACCCCCACCUCAUCUCCCACCCGCCAGUGCAAGCCCCAGCUCUUGCUGGCUUCCCUGGCUGAUGAAACUGCUUCUCCAGGGACUUGUCGCCUCCGGUUACGUGAGGCCCGGAGCCUGCAGGACCGGGAGCAGGCAGGCUGGCCCUGGGCACACUGCGGAAUACAAGUUGUUUGGGGAUUGAGCUCCAGUGCUUUGCUGGAGUGUUGCCCUCAGAUGGAACGUGGUGGAAGGCAGUUUCCUUCCUGGGGUUAACUUCGGAGGGGCCUGUGUCUGACCCUGAGGCCAUGACCUUGGGGUCCAUGCUGUGCCCGAAUGCCACCAGAGGCAAGGCCAUUCUUACGUGAGCACAGGCUGUGCCACCACGAGGGGCCUCCCAUUUCUUUUGCCUGUGAGGGAGACAGCCCACGGAGGACUAGUGGCUGCCCCCAGGCAGGGGCGGCCCGGCAGUCGGAAGGCGCCGCUCCCAGGGCGGUCUUCUUUCUGCUGUGCCAUGCUGCCUCUCUCUCGGAGUCUCUCUCUGAAAAGAAAGCUGGAGCUUAACCAGGUUGCCUGGUGUCCCACUCAGCCAGGAAGCCGGCGCCUGGGAUGGAGCCUGUGAGGACCAGACAUGCUGAGGCCUGCCUGCUGGGGACAGCUGGCCACCGGGCGCAGGACAUGCACAGGAAGUGGUCUGUAUUUUUAGGGCUCACAAAUAUCCCAGACUCCAAGGAACACGGGGAAAUCUUAAAAUCAACCUGCCCGAUCCCCACUGCAGGUUGUGUCUUCCUCCUGCCAGAGCCAGGCUGAGGAGGGUGAAGAUGGAUGGCAGGCGAAAGGUCACUGGAGAUUCAGGGCUGGGGACAGGUAGCUCAUGAAGAAUUUCACAGUCCAGAAAAAAAGCUUGGAACUCAGGAAUUCUUCACUGCCGAUACCUGUCUCGGCAGCGUUGAGUCCCCGGCCUGACCGGCAUCGGUGCCUCCUCUGCCAAAGUCUAACUCAAGUUGGGAGGGGCAGCGCUUACCAAGGGUAAGUCAGUAUCAGCUGAGAAGCCCACACUGCCCUUCCCCCGGUCACAGCCUUGAAAGCCAGCCUUGGUUUCCAGAAAGAGACCUGUCUUCCCUUGGCAAGCCAUUGGCCAUCCCCAGAAACUAGACGAAUGUCCUCUAGAAUGAGCCCCCCAGCAACAGCUCCAACGGAGGGGCCUGGGAGGUUUUUGUUUCAAUCCUCCCAAAAAACUGAGGGGACCAGAAAGACCUCUCACCAUUCUGACCUCCUCCUGUACCCACUAACCCACCCACCCUGUUAGUGGGAGUCUACCCACGUUCCAUGGCCUCACACCACUGUGGUCUGACCCUGCCCAGCGUCCCCUGACUCAGCCCCAUCACCCUUCCUGAGUACCAGGUAGCCAGGAACCCACACAGUCACCAUCCACGCCUCUCUUCCCAGUAAAACCACCUCCCGCACUAUCAGGGGGACGCCAAGUCCAAGGAUGGGGUCUGUCCCGAAUCUCCACAUCAGCCCUCAGCCCCAUGCUGGGGAACUUGGGGGUCCCACCUGUUAAACUCAGAGCUGUCCCCAGUCCUCAGGGCUUGGUGGUCCUGGGGGAUCUCCCUGGACAACAAAGCACGUUCUCCACGUUUCCAUGUUGUGGAAGCCAGCGGUAACUUGGCUGAUGCCAGGUGGCCAUUCCACCUGAUUCCAGGUGAAAGGGAGAGAAAAGAGAAGGUGGGCAAGCCCUGGGCCCAGGUAGGGCAGGUCCCCAUGAUUAGUCCAGAAGGACAGACGCAGAGGACCAGGGGACAGGAGUCCCACGCCACCCGAGGGGGAAGCAAGAUGUGAGAGGAUGACCCAGGGGACGACAUCCCACUUCUGGAUGGACCUUGGCCUUGAGCAGCCACAGACUUGUCCCAUCCUGGGCCUUCCUUUUGCCUGGUGAGGACCCUCAGGAGCUGGCCAGUUAAUGAACUCCAAGGAAAGGAGCUAAGGAACAUGCUUCUGGAAGCAAAAGCCGGCCCAGGUGGCCAGGACCAAAAGCAAGUGCCAAGACCCGGAUGCUCUGAUGAGCUUGGUUCUGCAGAGAUGGCAAUGGAAGACCGAGGUGUCUCUGCACCCCACCACUGGGGACGGCAGUCCUGGAAGAAGUCUCACUACCCCACAUCCCAGCCUCCCUGGAACUCUCUGCUUCCACAGAAACAUGCCAAGGAAAGAGAAUCUGGUGGCCGACCAAGCCCUCAGUGAGACAGCGUUGAGGUCACCUCAUCUGCUUCCCCCAAUUCAGCUUGUUUUUCCCCAGUUACCUUCUUAUCUGAACCAGAACCUUGCAGCUGCAGCAUUAUGCUGGCUCCCCUCCCCCUGCAGCUCUCCCUCUCAUCUCUCAAAUGGCAGAAGCAGCCUCUGGGCCCCUGCACCCCCAGGUCGCAUCUGCCAGUGUGGGUGACCAUUCUUCCCAGAUCUGGCCCCCCAAGGGCGGUGCUUCCCAGCUCCUUCCCACCUCUGCGGUGACAGGUUUGAGGAGGCCGUGAGCCCCAAGCUGGCCGCCUUCCCUCCUGCCAUCCUCCCUUGGUUUUGGACACAGAUACAGUAGAACUGAAACCCAGGCUAUAAAGUCUCCAGAUCGAGGUGGUCAAAAGAGGCUGAUUCUGAAAGCCUGCAGAGAGAACCUCUCUCCCUCACUUCUUACAAAUGCAUGUUUCCUACCUGAACCCUCAUUCUCCCAGAGACACAGCCAAGGUCCCCCAUUUUCCACAACAAGAGGCCUGUGGCCUGCCGGAGCUAUAGCAGGUGCCUAAGUCACAUUUGGGGGGCGAGGGGAAAUAAUUAUUCCAGCACCUCCACCAUCCCCAGCAGAAAAAUAAGAUACUGAACUAAGUUGGGUCAUUCAGGAAAUGUUUUCUGAGCACCUACUGUGUGCUAGACUCCUAGAAAGGCAGAGCGUUGAUGGGAUCAGUGGGAAACCCCUCUGGUCACAGAUAAAGGUGAUUGAGGCUGAGCUGGGGGUGGGCAGAGUCCAGCACUCUUCUCAGAAAAAGGAGUCCCUACCCACAGUGCCACCCAGGACCCCCGGUAAGGAUAGAGGGUGUCCGCAGAAGGGGCAGAGCAGAGCCGGGGACGUACAUGUACAUUGCAAGAAUGUCUGAAGGAGAAGGUACAGCCAGCCCAGCCUCACGAUGCGGCCGCCUCCUCCACCAACAGAGAGAGACGCACGCUGGCCAACGCUGCUGACGUUGGGAGCCCGGCCACCACGCCCAGGACAGUGGGCUUGGCCCCCGCACAGUGCCUGCUGCCUGGGCCUGUACAGCCAAUGCUUCAGAAGGGAGGUAGCUUUCUUGGCACCCAGGGACACCAGCUAUUUUUUACUCCCUACUGCAUGCUUGGAAGUUAGUCAACCUGGUAAACCGCAUCUUAUCUCAAGGCCCGUCUUCUUCACCAAAGAUACCAAUGGUGGCAGCAGCCCAGCCCUUCUGACCAGGGGACAACGCCCAGCCAACGUCGUUCAGGCCAAAGACAGAAGGACUUGACAUUUGUGAGACACUUGUGAAUAGCUCCUAUUCUCCCACGGCUGCCUCUCCCACGGCUGCCUCUGCCUCUGAUCAGCACGCGCAGAUCACCAGCCCCUCCAAGAGUGAGCACUUCCUGUGUGCCAGACACAGGCCCAGUAUAAGCUGGAGUCAGCCUUACCCAGCCUGUUUUGCUUCUUGGAGAGGGUACCAGGAGAGGUGCAUGGCCACACGCUCCCUCCCAGCACCCUGCACAGAUGGCCCCCAAAGGACAGGACACUGUUUCCCUGAGGCCUCCUCAGACCCUGAACGGACCUGCUGAAAUUCUCUGUACGCCCCGAGUCUCAACAGGAAGGGCCAGGCUCUGAGCUCAACCCUUCACCACCUGCAAACAAAAUCCGCUGUCCCUGUGAGGUGGGUGGGACUAAACUUGAUCUUCAGAUGCGGGGCUAGAGAUUCUGGGAGGCCAAGUGAUCUUCCCAAGGCGAGUAGUUAAUAAUUCAUGGAAUUAAGAAUCAAAACCAAGCCCAUCUGAUCCCAAAGUAGAAAACAUCUCUGAAAUGUUGACACUGAAUUUGACAGAUGGCUCAGCCCUGGCAGUGGGGUGUCCAGGGAUGGGGAUCUGAAGGGCAGGAAGAGGAGAGGGCAAGGAGGGGUAGGGGGUUGGGGGCUUAGUGAAGGUCCUUCCCUCUGGAACAAGCACUGAAAACUCAUUCAGAGAGAGAUGGGCCUCUGCCUUCUCCCCUGGUGGAUAGGUCACUUCCGUUCCAACUUGAGCCCACUCAGUGAGCCAGACCGCAGCUUGGCAGUCCCCACAGCUUCCAGCCCAGGCCCUGAGCACAGCCCUGGAUACAUGUCGAGUGUCCCCUUCCCAAUUUUUGCCCUGCAGGCCCCAGCGCACACUCAUUAGAGAAUGUGGGUGUCCCUCACCUGACAGUGGUGAAAAGGAGGGCAGGAAGAGAAAGCUAGCUGAUGCCAAGUAUUUUGUUGUUUGGUCCAGAGGCCACAUAGAUCUUUUGUGGAAACUUCUUAUUCUGCUGAGUUUAGAACCUUCCAACAGUCCGAGCAGAGCCAGUGCAUUUGCUCUUACGCAGGAUAUCUGCACACCACUGGAGGGGUGGGGACCAGAGAGCUGAGCCCUUGUGCCCGCAGCCUUUACCUUGGGCUUCUCAGAAGGGACUGCCCGGUCCUGGCGCUUUGGCAAUCACUGCCCACAGAGUGACACAUAUCAGUGUAACCACCUUUUUCUUUUAGUUGCCUCAAAUAUUCAAGGUUUUGUUUUCUCCUUUAUGUUCAUACAUAUGCAUGUAAUUAAACAUUUGUGAAAAUCACUUUAAUAAUA